AACUUAGAUAGCUGUAUGCACGUAAUCACACAUAGGUUACACAUUCGCAGGUGAUAGAAGGGCAUCAGGGUUAAGUCACAGCUCUUGUGAAAAAAAGCAGAACUGAUUACCAUCACUGUAUCUGAUAUGUUGCUAACAGCUAUGCACCUGACAACCACAAGCUGCACCUGACGACAGUCUUGCUCAAUUACACCUAGCAGGGUAGGACUCUUAAAAUAGUUCAAAACAGCUCGCGAGAUCGGAGUUUGGAACCCGUGGGAGAAAAAAAGCUGUAAAGCAGUCUCAAGGAAAACCAAUCAAAGCUGAAGGAUGUCUGAUGUGGGCCGACCGUCCAGGAAUCGAGACAGAAACCACCAGGCCAGACCUCACAGAGACAGAAGAGACCGGGAUGGUCCUCAUGAGUACCGGAAUGCAAGAGACCCACACCAGGGAGGACCUGCAGCUUCUAGUGACAAAUCACAGCCACAUCAUUAUGCAAGACCAGUUGCUUCUGAGCCGAUGUAUCCAGGGCCACCAUCACCAGCCCCUGAGGACUACUUUGAGGCUUCCAGGGAGAGACACCCCACAAAGCCACAGUCAAAGUGCUCCUAUGUGUGCUCAAGGAGAGGUAUAGUUCACAUGGCUGCGAUAGGGACUACUAUAAUUGUGCUGAUCUGUGUGGCAGUCGCCCAGGCAGUCAUGUCUGGAUUCUCAUCAAUGGGGGGUCUGGCAACUGGCAGUUUCAGCCUGAAUUCGGAUAUCAACCCUUUCCAGGGCACAGAGCUGCAGGAGGUGCGUGACUUGGACAUGCAGUACAGCCAGAUGCGAGCCCCUGGGGUUUACGGAGGGGCCCCUUUCAGCAUUGUGAUGGGAGUCAUUACCCUUUUCUUUCUGAUCAGUGGCGCCAAGCCCCUUUGCAGCAUCCCAAUAAAGCUGCUUGUCUUUGAGUUUUUCUUCGACGUGCUGGCUUGUGUGGGCUACAUUGUAGCAGUUGGCCUUUACCUCCAUUUUGUCAUUCAGGUGAAUGCCACAGAUGUGUGUAAGAAAAGGGAACGGCUGUAUGCACGCCAAGGAUACACCUGGAUGAACUGCGAUGUGCAGGGAGGCGAUGCAGCAGUUGCCCUCUUUGGUCUAAUAACUUCCAUUCUGUACUUUGUGGGGUCGAUACUCUGUGCACUGACCAUCAGGCUUGCCAAGGCUAUCCAGAGGGAUAUGUAUCUGGAACAAAAUCAGCCUGAACCUGAGGGAAGAAGUCAAAACGGGAAGCAAAGGGAUCACGGUCAUCGCCGUCAUCAACGAAAUAUUGACCCUGAUUUGCCAGUUUCUACACUUGUGUAAAGGAUUUUUUGUGGACUAGCUGCUGGAAGGCUUUUAUUUUCCUUAUAUGUUUUUUUUGUUUGUUUGUUUUUUUUAAGUCAGUGAAUGGGUAAACUUUAUUGCCACUGCCUUAUUUUAAGUUUAUAAGCAAAUCAUGAUUUCCCAUCCAUUAGUGGCUGUUGUAAUAUUUUCCAAUCCAUUAUGAAAUGCAGUGCAACAGUGUACUGUUCUUGGGGAUGCUGGGGUUUCUCUGUCCUUGAAUCAUUAAUAUUAAAAACUGAAUUUAGACAUUACAUAUUCCUUGUUUGAAUCUAAAAUGUACCAUUGAUAUUGUUUUAUUACUGUUCUUAAAAUAAGGUACUGUAAACUUAAAUACUACUACUUUAUUUAUUUUUUUGUAUAAAUAAAAUGUUCAUGAAGCCACACUAUUACUGUAUUUAAUCUACUGGUUUUUAUAUUAAAAUAAGUAUACUAAUUAUUAACAGCAAAUAUCUUGCACAAAAUGUAACCUUACCAACUAUUUGCAAUAUCUAGUACCAGCUUCAGAAACACAUUAGGACAUCCACUUAGAAAUCAACACCUUUUUUCCUACUGUACUGUAGAGUAACAAAAAGUACACCAGAUUACAUUUGUUUUGUAUAACAAAUUGUAUCAUAAAAUGUAUAAAUGUUGUAAAUGCCUCAGCAAAAGAAAAAAAAGAAUGUUCUACAUAAAGUAAAAACAUCAUGAAACUGU